AUGGUGUACUCUCUACAAGAAGCUGCACACAGCCUCGUGCUUCAAGUGAGUCAUUGUAAACAGAGGUCAUCUUUAUGCCUGAUGUGGCCUAGGAGUCUACCUUUGCCGAGCUCACUCUAUAUUCUAAUCGCAUUUUCUUCUCGGGUCCUUCAGCAGUCAAUUUCUCAUGGUCGUUGAGUUUGGAAGUACAUUUUUCUGAAAGUCAAUGCAAAUAGAAAGCCUGUGCUGGCGUUGCGCCGAUAAAGUAAUUGCAUUUCUUGAGAGGCAACGACUGAAAAUUCUCAAAUUAAAUGUUUUUCCGCCGUAAAAAACACUACUGCUUCAGUUGUCGUCCACCGAUCAGUUGCGUGUGAGACUCACGCACUGCCUACAAAUCGCUAGGCGGCAUUGGACAUUCAGCUCAACAGUUACCAAUAAAGAGGACAGUUUCGUGUUUUUGUUCAUGUAGCUGGAUAGUGCAGCUGAGCUAUGGACCACUUUUAUGCUCAAUCGAACGUCUCCAAGUCUCAAAACCACGGUUUUUUAGAUAUCCAGCGGGUUUUCUCAGACCGAAUAAUACCAAAGGGAGACUCAUCGUGGGGGGGAAUACGGCCUAAGUACACGGGUGUAUCUUGGCCUUUGACUGGAAAUCCUUCCGACAACCGACGUCGACUACCCAAAACCCAAUGCGUCUGUGAAGUAUAUUUCUCCGCUGACUUCUAACGCUCAUACUUCUUGGAGGGGACGAAAAAUACCUCAUAUCCUCUUCUUCUAUGGGAACUUACGAUUUCUAGGGAUGUAGUGCCUAAAGGAGUUGAAUAUGUCGGGUUUAAAAAUCCCUAUUUACCAGUGCCUCGAUCACUGGGACGAUUGGGAUGUUGCGCUGAACCCACGACACGUUUGGUGGCUUGCAAAAACCCUGAAGGCAACAUUCAUUCGGGUGUCAGUGCCUCUUCUUUGUCUCUUCGUUACUCGCAAACCGUAGGGAUUGUAAGCGCCGGCCCUUCCCUCAACGAAAGCAGAAAUAAGUGAAUUUUUGAUGUUUAGACAUUAUAUACUUUCGAUUACUGAGUUUAAGUAGGACGCGAUUUCCUAGAACAUGUGCAUGGGGACAAUUUUGGGCAUUCUUCCGAGGAAACACGGCUGAAUUCAUGAAAUCAACGAAAGUCAGUGAAAAGACCCGUUAUCUUUGUGAAGCCUGUUUCGUUUGUUCUCGACAUGCCGUCACCUACGUAUUAGCUUCGGACUUUGAUCCAGACUUAGCGAUAUUACAGCCUUUUUGACUGUCGCUUUCUAUUUGAAUGCAUACCUACUAUGAGUUCAGCCGAUAAGUCGGAUUCUCUUAUCAUCUUCAGCCACAAGCUCGGUUUCUCAUUGGUUUGUACGGAACAGCCGAUGCUGCGGAUCCCGAGAAGCGAGAUGCCUCUGUGAAUCUGGAUGAUUAUGUGGUCACUGAAGAUGACAACGACGGGGACGAUAAUGUCGAGAGUUUCAAGGGCGCUGCUUUCGACGAGAUAGAGAAGGCCCGGUUCCUUGUGGGAUGCCAGUCAGUUCGACCUAACGGCAGUCGGGUCGGUUUGUCCUCCUUUGAUAUCAACUUACUCUAUUUUCGUUAUUAGGAAUAAUUAGUUGAUAUGUCGCUCGUUUGCGCUCGCCCUUCCUUGCUGUUUGUUAAGUCGUCUCCCAUUUACCUCUACCCUCGACACAGGUUCAUCUGGUCACACUGGAAGAGCAUAAUUCAUCCCAGAGUGCUUUUUUGUCUAGCCAGUCGUUCAUUCACGCAGACGGCGAAGUGCUCGCUCUCGCUGCCUUCCCCGCGGCGCCUCACAUUUUUGCCUCAAUCUACUCCUCCAGUAAGCGACACUUUACCUCUUACUUGUGCAAUUUCAGUAGCUGUUGUAUUUUGAUUUAAAUUGUUGUUUUGCACUUCACACAGUCUCUCCGUCCAAGACCGAAUGCAUCACAGGAGCCCGUAUUUGGCGUGUGCCUUCGGCGUCUGCGGAAAAACCAAGUGCCGGUCUGGGUCACACGGAAGCAGGCCAGUUGGAGCGUGUGUGCGAUCUGCCCCUCAGCGAUUAUUCAGUAGUGAGGAGGUAGGCAGAGAUCAUUUGAUGCAAUACCGGUUUAUACUUUCGCUUCAAGACUUUUAUGAAUUUGGAUGUCGGAAUCUAACCGGAUUUACUUCCUGCUUGCCAACAUCCUCAGCGGUUUACACAUGUACGCUGGACAUUUGGCACUUGUACGUUAACAGUCUGCGGACACAGCGGCUUCUGAGUGCCAGGCGUAGGUUGUAGUCAUGCCAUUAGGCGUUGUAAAGGCCUCUUGGAAUCUGGGCCUUCUUGCUGCCUAUCAGAGCUCUCGGGCAGUAGUCGAUAGUUCACGUUCUUCUACUACUACUUGUGCUUACAUCGACCAGAGCUAGUGCUGGUGCGUACCAGCCCCUGGGAUGCACUGCAUCAUAGACCAUGGCAUUGCCAAACGUCGCCCGCACACCAGCUGAAGGGAACAGAAAAGAGUAGUUUUAAGAAACGAUCCCGAACUUCUAUGCAGCUACUGAGUGAAACGGCCGCUACUGCCUUGUCUCUCGACCUGGGCAAGCCAUGUCCCGCGAAGAUUGGUCUCUGGGAAUUCAUGCGACAUCGUCUGUUCCGUAGAAUAUUAAAAUGCGAGGGUACAAGGUCUUAGUUUACCACCAAAAAUUUUGUCAGUUCCGCCUGCCAGAUGACACUAUCCACACUGAAAGACUUGGUACGAAACCGGCACACUCAAACGAGCUCAUCCCUUUUCUUUAACGACUACAUUAUAAGUCGGGUCACCACGUCCUAACUUCAAAAGAUGGUUCAGUUAUCUUUUUUUGGUGGGGAGUGGGGGGGGGAGGGCUACGGAUGGCUGGAAGCCAUAGUGUUCAACAUGGAUUUCGAGCUCAUCCCUCAUUUUCAACCGGUCUGCAAGGAAAAUCUCUCCCAGUCCGCUCAGAGUACCCAAAUCAAUAAACAGAUUAAUCAGUUUUUAUAAGCUAGACCGUGGUGCCGGUGACCAAGCACUGACUGGUUGUUCGUCACUAUAUAUCUCACUCUCUUCCAUCACGCGGUUUGACUAACGUCAAUGCUGUCUGUGCCAGUUUGCCUUAUAACUGAAAAAAAGGUAGAACAAUAUUGCCGAAACAUAGGCUGCAAGAGCCUCAAAUGAGUGUCUAUUGGCAUCUGGAGCUGGCUACUGACGUACCCGCGCUCGAAGAUAGGUCAGCUGACAGGCCAGACGCGAAGUCCGCAGAGCCCGGGAGACUCAGUUUCUACAACAUCCACUCAUGUCUAUAUUUGGCCGGGCUCGGACGAGGCGACGUCAGGAUGAUUUUGCCCUAGUCUUCGGACUAUUUCAAGCUGCGACUUCCUAGUCGUUCGUUGGAGAUGCGAUGAACGAAAGAUAGAGCGAUUCCUGUUAGGGUGCCGUUUUAUUGGUCCCCCCUCUCCUCCUCUUUCCCUCCUCCUCCUCAUCCAAACCAAGAGGCCACGCCCGCCCUCCCCUCCAAGGGAACUGACUUUGACAAGUUUUUGUCUGAAACUCUGAGUUUCCUUGUCAGGUUUCGGCUAGCUUUGAUGUUGCUGUGGCCGUAACGACGACUAUGCUGAGGAGGGGAAAGAUGCCUAUUACGAUGGUGAAAAUGUCUCAUUUUACUAUCCUUUCUCUUAUUAGACUGACUGCUAGCCCGUCCGAAACAAGCGCAGACUUGGCUUGCAUUCUUGGGCCCCCGAUACCUGGACGCCUGAGGUAUGUCCUCAACUCUAACGUCUGGCUACUUUCACCUGUCUGUGUUCUUGCCGUGAACUCCAUUCAGCGUACGUUCAUUUUGGAGACGCCCUUUUUGACUUUCCGUACACUUCUGGGAAGUUGGAAUGCCCCACUCUACCAGGUUUGGGAUUCGAAGUAGUCCUUAGUUUGUCUUCCUGCCCUCUCCUUCUUUCAGUUUCAGUUUAUUAAGGGAAAUAUAGGCGAACGCCUUUGAACUCCCUAUUGGUUACAAGUCGUCGGAGAAAAGCAUUGAUAAGUGGGAAGGUUAAAAAAAGGAUUUUGUACAUAAUCGCGGACAGCUGAUAGCUAUCCGAAAAAGAGUUAUAAUUAACCGUUACUUACUAAUUACGAGUAGUAUAAACACGUAUGAGUUACUGCCAGGUUGUGUGAGUGGAUGUGAGGCUGUACUGCUAACACUGCUCGAUGAUGUCGGGAAUCUGUAAUGUCAGUCGAGGGUAGCGUUCGUCGUUCCGACCUUAUGCAGUCUGUCCCACUACCACAGGAUCACCUGAUUUUUUCGAGUAAACAUUCAAAAUCAAGGUUUUACUGCAAAAUUGUUUAAUGUAAUGCCAUGCAAUGAGGAUUCUUGGGGGGACUGACUCGAGGGCUGGGGAUCAGGCGCAAUGGUCGCAUCUUACUGUGGCCUCCAUGAGAUCCGAGCCCUCUUUCUGUGAAAAACUAACACAUUUUGCGGACACCGGGUCGUGUCUGUCUGCCCUGUCAGCCACUGCGCCCAAUGCACCUUCGAUCGUUCUAACUUACAGUGAGUAACCGAUCACAUGAAAUGUUGGCCGAAACUGAGAAAUGUGUUUUCGAUUAGGAAGGAUUAGUUAGGUGGGGUUAUGACAUUGAUUAUCAUGCGGCAUAAUCCUAUAGUGUUUCCGACUCGCCAGGAUGUCGGCUUUUGAAUGUACUUUUUUUACACUCCUGUGUACAAACUACAUUUGUCAAGAAAUGACUGCUUAUGUAGCAUGUAUUUUUUCACAUUGAUUUUCGAUGGUCUUAUAAACUCAAACAUAUUUUAUAGAAAUCGUGCACAAAAUAUGCUUUCUUUUACUCGUUUGGUAGAGAAUCACGUUAUCUUUAUAUUUUAUACCCGAAGAUGGGGUAUAUUUGGGUUUUAAAAAUGUUUUCUAAUUCCCGAAUAAUUUUGAGCCUAAUCAGCCGUUGCAUUAGCGUAUUGCGAUUUCAGUCUCCAAGGUGCAUCCUUUAAGCGUUAGGAAAAUCAUAUAUUCCUCUAUGCGUUUAAAAAGAUAUCAUAUAGAGUUCAUAAGAUUUUGCAAUGGAUGCGGUCAGUGCUGUAGACUUCAUGAGCAGCAUUGGCAGACGGACAGAUACGAUGCCGUAUGAAUGAACAUUGUACGGUCUUAAAAAAUCUCAUAACUAGAAACUCCUUUAAAACCUAAAUAUACCCCAUCGUUGAGUAUAAAAUGUAGAGAUAACGGGAUUCUCCGUCAAACGAGUAAAAGAAAGUAUAUUUUUGCACAUGUUUUCUAUAAAAUAUAUUUGCGUUUAUAAGACCCUCGAAAAUCAAUGUGAGAACAUACAUGUCACAUAAGUAGUCAUUUCCUGCCAUGUGCGGUUUUUACAGGAGGUCAAAAAGAAGUAUAUUUAAAAGCCGACAUCCAGGCGAGUCCGAAACAUUAUAGGAUUGUGCAGCAUGAUAAUCAGUAUUACAAUCCCUCCUAAGUAAUCCUUCCUAAUCGAAAACACGUUUCAGAAUUUUCAACCGUGAGAUCGGUCAUUCAUUGUAAUCUUGCCAUCAGGACCUCGUGGGUAAUGGAGGAAAGAGUGCGGUAGAUGCUAUGCAAGUCUGAAUCACUCUUAACUAAUUCGCGUGAUGCGCCCACUAUGUGCGGCACGCGGUGGACUUCGUCGCUCGUUGUGGUUAGACUAUCAUCUAUGAUUAUUGUUAGAGAAUAGCUGUCCCAAAUUAUAUGGCCAUUCGCCAUAUGGCCUUUUAAAGGGUACGUCAAUUCAGUCCAGUUUAUUUGGGAAAACGUGGGUGUGCACCUUUGGACUCCCUAUUUGUUACACGCAGCGGAAGUGUGUCAAAAAUUCGGAAAAGGGGUAACAUCAGUCACUGUGUAGAUAGGCUAAGUGUUUCGUGCGCUGCAGAAUUGGAGGACACACGUACACACGUAAGUGCGUAAUACAGUAAUUGCUUGCUUCACACCUAUGCCACAGGGAAAGAAAUAUGAUCUGUGGUCUGCGAGCGUCACUGUGAAUGUCAGUAGUGAUGUGCGCCGGUAUUUAUGCGUUAGUAAAUUCCAUAAACAAGCGUUACUUAACGUUUCCUAGUAGUAUCAAAACAGUAAUGUACUGUUAGUGCAGAACACCAAGGCGACAGCUGUCAGAUGGCCGUGUUGUGUACUGCAAUACUGAUCCGGCUUCCCUUUAAAACUUCCAUGGAUGCAAACUUAACAACAUCCUUAGGUCAAGCAUUCCAAGCUUUGACCACUCUGUUGGAGGAGAACUUCUGUGUGUCCAGCUCGGUACCAGCCACACGUAGUUUGGAUGGGUGACCUCGCAGGUUAGUCGUAGUUGCUAACUCAAAGAAGUCUCAAGGUACGAGACAGCAAUCCUGCGUGGGCAUGGUGUGGAAAGUCUGGAUGAGAUCGUCCUGUAGCUGCCUUUAACACAAAGGAAAGUCAUCGAUAUCAAGGGCUCUGCCUGUAACCCUUCAACAUAUACAUAUACAUUAGCUACUCCUAUUUCGUAGGGUAGUGAGCUCUGCCCAGUUACAAGCUUGGCUGCAUACCGUUGAACAUUUUCAAGUAUGAUAGGGUCCAUGAUCCAUGCAUGAUCCAUGAUCUUCAUGCUUGAAUGGUAAACUCCAAGUUCGGCCGCACAAAAGGUUCGAAAGACCUUAGCGAGGCCUUCGAACUAACCACCACCCUUGCCAAUACGUACAGCACCUAAAUUUACAGGGUGCCCUAAUCACUCAGAAGUUGACCCAAAUAUACGGACCAACAUUCUCAUUCGAUAAUGAUCUAUUUUCGGUUAAAUGAAAGCCUGAAAAAGAAAUAUUUGAAGUAAUAUUACGUUGUUUAGAAAUCACAGUUUCCUUACGAAAAGUGCAAAUGUCGAAGACAUGAAAAAUUUACGUCAACUGGGUAAACUGAAGUUUUAGAAGUGUAUAAAGACCGUCCGUGCAAAUAACUGAGUGAGUGAAACAGCGCAAGUAUAACAACUUUCAAAAGGACCAUCCUUUUGGCGAUCUGCAUCUGCACAAUCUUCAGGAAUUAGUGUAAAAUAAAAUGCAACGGCUAGCCAACCGCCCACAGUUUUAGUGUAGGUUCCCAAACGGUUUCAUUAAAAUUUGCCGCAGUUUUUCCGAUAAAAAGUAUUGCAGUACACAACACUGCCAUCUGACCGCUGUCGCCUUGAUGUUCUACACCAACAGUCUAUUACUGUUUUGAUACUGCUAGGAAUCUUUAAGUAACGGUUGUUUAUGCUUUGAUGGGAUCCCGACGGAUCUUUAAUAAAAAUUAUUAUUAUUAUUUUCGAUGCUGUUGACUAAUGCAAGAAGGAUUUCGUUUGCCACUGACGGCACAGCAAUGGAAGUUUUUAUAAGGUCCCUUUUUGAGAGGCCGAUCAGUGGCUAAGAAGUUAGAAUGGAAUUAGCAGAUAAGAUCGUAAGCGCACCGUCUUCAACAUAUCAGAGGGACUUUUUCCAGUACAAUUACCGUGUAGAUUUUUGUGGUGAUGGAGUCGUUGACCUUCAAAAAUGUCCCUGAAGUAUUGGUGAAUACUUUGCGGAUGUCAGUAUUCUCAAUCGACUGCUAAAAAAAUUAGUGUCAGUACUGUGUUUAUCUAAACCCUCAAAAUGGGUUAUUGCUCAGAAAUAUUUACCGAAGUUUUGGGUAACUCGUAAAACAUUGGAAUCCUAAAAUGCGGUUUCAGUUAGAAAGGAUCACUUAGUUGGGGUUUUAGUGCAUAAUCCCAAGGUGUUUCAAUCAGACCAGCGUGCCGGCUUUUGAAUGGGCCGCUUGCAAAAAUUGCUCUCGCUAGGAAGGACUACUUAGGUGGCAUGGUUUUCCAAAUUUAUUUCCGAUGUCCCUAUAGAUCAAAACAUACUUUGCAGAAAGAGAGCAUAAACAUCCUUCCAUGUUUUCAUUUUUGAUUGAGUUAUGUUUCCUCUAGAUUUCCUACACGAAAUUGAGGUAUUUUCUGGUUUCAAAACCUUUGUAUUUAUGGGAUUUUUAAGGCCGCGAACUGCAUAUUUAAGUAGCACCGUAGCUGCCCGCCUGUUAAGACGCAAUUUCGUCGAGCAGACAAUUGUAAGAUGCCAUUUUUUGCGAAAUUAGUACGAGUCAUACUUUCUAUGAAAUAUGCCUGAACUUUUAAAGACAUCAAAAGUCCAAGGACGAUUUCUGCUAGCGACAGGGAAGACACACAUUCAAAAAUCGACAUCAUGGCCUGACAGAAAUAUCUUGAGAUGAUAAUCAAUAUUACAACUCCACCUAAGUAGUCCAUUCUAGCCCAGAUCACAUGUUGAAAUUUCGGUUAAUGCUCAACGAGAUACGCUACUUACUGCAUUUGAAGGCAUUUGAGUUUGUUUAGGAUUAUAGUUACCGCCAAGCUAAUUGGCUCGUACUACCUUGUCCGCCGUGCCUGCUCUCAUCUUGUAGACAUCGUCGGUCACGACGGUUGAACUGCAAACUUGUUCUCCUGGUUGUAUUUAUGCCCAGAUCUUAACCAAUGAAAAUAAUUUCUUUAACUACCCCCUCCCCGUCCUGUGCUAGUUCCACUCCGAACUGCAAAACUUCCCCCAGUGCUAGCUUCCUGGGCAUCCUUCGAGCACCCACGGGCAACCUGGGCACUGGCGAGUACAUCCUAGAGUCCACAAUUCAGCUGGGCAUUCCAGCCGUCGACAACUACAUCAGCCUGGCCGAGGAAAGCCUUACUGACGCCGUGCCCGUCACUCCAACGGCUGCUGACAGUGGCUCAGCAGUCAAUCUCUCCUCGCCGGUGAACGCAGUUCGCUGGUCGCCACAUCGGAAGGCGUGCACUGUGGCCGUCGCUUGCGACUCUGGUGUUCUCGGCGUCGACCUACGCUCGAUGAGGUACGUUAAAUGCUAAAGAACUCCUGGGCGGCCAGAUAGUCCUAAGCUCUGUCAAGGCCAAGUGACGAGUUUAGAGAUGAAUCUAGAAAUGCUUACUACCUUUACCUCAUUCCACCAGCUGUGUUUAACGAAUAUGCACACGGUCAUACAUGAAGCCAUCGUCGCGAGCGCUAAGCGAUUGUUUUCGAAUGAAACUGAAUCCAGGUGCGAUUCAGAGGAACAGAGUUCAUUUGACUCUGAUUAUUUGACUUUGAUUAAUGUUACUGUUGAUUAGGUGCUGCCCGUCAGAAUCUAGCUUGCCGUGGAAUUAAACAGGCGAGCCCGCUCAAGGAGCACUCAAACAGGAGUGGUAGAUCAUCGCAUUGCUCGUUAUCACUAGCGUCCCCAUCAACGUGAAAAUUGAGCAAUGAUCUGGUGUUGGCAUGAAAAUGCCAAGAAUUCUGCCUUAUUGCCUUCGCGGGGACAUCCUCGUGACACAUGACAGUUAUUUUUUGGAAAUCGAAAAAAGAUCAUCCUUAAUGUUGUGUGAUCAAGUAGCUGGUCUGUGUCAAAGCUAUGGGCGAGAUGAACAACAGUAAUCCCGACCAGACAUCACCUACGACCAUGGAUACUCGACCCACCUAAUAAUGGUGGAUAGUGAAAUGGCCCUCGACGACGGUUAGCUGCGGAGUUACGUACCUCUCUGAUCUGAACAAUAAGUUGUCGGCGACCACUUAAAUGUGCUUCCUCCGGGCGUGGAUAAUCAUCGGUUCAAGCUCCACGCGUGCUGGACAUUCGUUCGGCCAGUCCUUCUAUGAUGCUGGCCUGUGCGUGUGAAAGAUCAGUGAAAUUUGGAGGUAUUUAAUCACCGCUGGCUGAGGACCAUCCGACUUGCUUCCAGUUUGGUCCAUUUUUGUUGAGGGGAAGGCAGGCGAGCCUGUUUGACCUCCCUGCUGAUUAUAAAAGGUGUCGAAGGAAAGAGCACCGACACAUAAAAAACAUUGGAAAGUCAAUUGUUCACACUAUCGUCUGCUACAGACAGGUAGCCUUCUACAGACGUAAAAAUAUAAACAUCAAAUAGUGCUUAAUUAAUGCAAGUAGAGUGUUAAUAUGUACUCUCAAUUAUCUUGCGUCAAGGGUAUGGGGGUGUGUGUGGGUGGUAAGUAAGAAAAAAGAUAAGUGCCGACUUCGGCCCCAAAUGAAUCCACACUUGAAGAGAGAAUAAUAUCAGCGGACAGAACGUCCCACGCUCCAUAUACCGGGCAUCCGUUCGGCCAGUGAAGGUGUGUGUGACAAGUCGGCGAAACCUGGAAGUGUCUUACCACUGCUGUCUGAGAACAAUCUCCUCGAGUGAAACACGCUGACUGAAUGAGACAGUCCACAUUCGCUGUCACAUCAUCGGGGACAUAUUUUGGACCAUCCGAUUAAGACGAAUGAGGUGGUUGAAAUACGUUCUUCCUCGUACACUUCAUAGGCGCAGUGUUGCCGCCUUUGAUCCAGCACCGUCGUCCACUCGUAAGAGGAGGCCCUCUAUUCGGCCUUUUGCUGGUGGAGGAAUAGGUCGAGCUGUUUAGAUUCGCUGUCGCAGAUCGUCACGUGCGGAGAGGUACAGUUCGCGGCAUCAUCGGGACCGGUCAGAUCAGGCAUCAUCACAAUCGUACCAAGUCGAAAACCACCAAUACGUUAGAUUGAUUAUCUGUAAAGACGUCGUAUGUCGAUGCCGUCUUUUACAUUUUGAGCUAACUUUGCUCCGCACGUCCUCGUUGGACUUUUCGCGGGCAGGCGACACCAAGGAAAGCAAUUUUCUGUCCACGACAGCAGCCGACGUAGCAUUUAUUCUAGUCAAGCAAAACUCAUCAUACAUGUAGAUAACAUCGCUCACUUCUUGCGGUGGACAGGAUAUUUUGCACUGAAGUUUUUUUGAAUAAUUUAUCUCAAGGUAAUGUAGCUUACCUCGCCACUUACCCAGCCUAGCUUUAUUCUUGGGACGUCACCUACAUUGGGUACAUGAUUUGACGCUCGCUAAUUUGCCAUUUUAUGCAUAAUUCGUGGAUUAAUAUCGACGGAUAUCCAUUCCUUUCCCUGAAUUUUGGUGCCCGCAGUGCCAAAUCUCUUUGAUUUUAAUUAAAAGCCUUUAAAAAUGCCCUGCGAAGACGCCCCUCUCUCCGUUUUACCCGCGACCGGUUUGCCCACCAUAUCGGUUUUUAAUUGGUGGCCAUUAUGCUACAACCCCGGGAGAGCAGUGUUCAGCGCAGAAUUUACAGCAUUUGGUCUUACCAAUUCAGUGUGAGGCCCCAUUUGUGAAACACUCGUAUUUUCAGUCUAGAUUAAUGACUGUUUGCGGUUAUAAAUCAAAAACCGUUUUUUUGGUAAAUAUCCACAUAUGUUGCCCUACCUCUCAGAUCGUGCUUCUGGCUUGACGAUAUUCACUGGCCCUGUGUCCGUGACCUUGACUUCAACCCCAAUCGUGAUCACGUGUUAGCCACGGCCGGUGAUGAUGGCUGCGUUAAGGUGUGGGAUCUUCGGCAAAUCUCCUCUUCCAAGGCCUCUGAUCUGAACUCCCGGCGAACUGUCACCCCUGGCCCGUUGCGAGAGCCCUUCUCGUUCCGUAACUUCGGUUCGGGCAACCCCCGGGGACCCCAGCCUCUGAUCACUCUGUCCUCACAUUCCCAUUGGGUGAGUGGACUUAGUGGCUACAGGAGAACAGCAAAGAGGCGCUUUGUCGUGUGACUCAGUGUAGAAUUCUUGGUAAAUUGAGUCACGCGUAUAAGCCAAAAUAAACUUCGGUGUAUAUACGGUACUACUCAUAGAAUAAUGUAGUAAUAAAAAACGUACAAACCUCAACAGUGGAUACCCUAGACAAAGAAUCCUUUGUUACUGUUCGAGCAAAUCGAAUUCCCAGCUCAAGGUCAGAAUACAAAAACUAGUUAAUUGAAAGAACGCCGAUCAUGCUCGAAAGAGGGUUACAAAAAGGGGAAGGGGAAUGUGAACAAGAGCCAAAUGUGGAAGCACUUGCGAGGAGGGUGUGGAGAAUUCCAAGCGCUGACCAGCCGGACUCAACAUUCGGUAUUAAUAAAAGUCGGAGGUCUAUGCUCAUAUAUAGUUCAGCACAUUUUAGAUUAAUAGGUGUUGUUUUCGAAACUACGGACGACAACUUUUAUAAAUUGAUAAUCGCGGCAAAUGUCUGGCUACAUGAGAUAAUCAGUCCAAAUUGACUCAACCUGACACUCGAUCAUCAUGUCUGGCUCCACGGAACAACUACGCCCAAGUAAUAGGCGCGACCAGGUGGGAUUCAACUGGAGUUUAUUUCCAUCCAGCAGACUGGUCGAGCACCGGAGCAGUCUAUUUAUUGUUCUGAACUUUUCAUUCGCCCAGCAGUCCGUCGUCAAAGAUAGUGGCAACAAAGUAACGAGCAAAUAGAAGCGAAGAGACGAGUCCCAGGAAAUAGUCUUGAAGAAGGAGACACGAUCGCUGGGACAAGAGCCUUAUUAGCUUGACUUUUCGGAUUCCUUCUCGAACUCAUCAUCAGGGACAACAGCAGAUACGGAUAAUUCAUGCACUCAGAGGUAUGAGGUAGCAUGGCGACUGCAUCCUAUAAAUACUGCAGCCCCUUGUGCAUGAAUCACCCGUAUCUGCUGUUGUCUCUGAUGAUGGGUUCGAGCAGGAAUCCGAAACGUCAGGCUAAUAAAGCUCUUGUCCCAGCAAUCGUGUCUCCCCGUUCAAAAGUAACGAGCGAUGAUUAUGGGACAGACGAUCAUCGACCAAUGGCGCAAGGCAGGAGGUGACCGCGCAGAUCUCUGUACGCCGGCGCCAGGCCGAUAAGCCGGUCGACUGAGUUCUCAUCUGAGGCCUGGGCUUCAAUCAAUUCUCGGCCUGUUUGGUUUCCGGCGUAGGCGAUUAUCUUGAUGGCUGCGAAGUUAAACUUAUGACCCAUUUCCUAGAUGUUGGCAGCCACUUGCGAUAAUUCGUCGCCUCGUCGCACAGCCAGCUUGUGUUCGUGUACUAGCCCAGCAUGGCCGACACCAACAGAGUUUCGUACCAGGUCGGCCUCUGCAGACUGUCCCCCCAUCAGCCCGGCCAAUCCACUUAAUAACGAUGAGUAUGAAAGUGCUAAAUCGAUAGGGGUGGGUGGCGCAACCCGAGAUUGAGUCACGAGUGCUCGACUCGGUCGGUAUUGACCGUAAUGCUCGGGGCAUUUAGAAGGCGAGCAAAAAUUGGACCCUUUCGACCAUCGUCGAUCCGAAGGAGUCUGACGGUACCUACACGUCGUGCCUCAGUAAAGUCGACAUUUUUCCCAAAGUUUUUGCGCUAAUUGACCUCUCCUAUUUUGCUUGAACUGUGUGCCCUGAUUUGGUGAAAUACUGUCAGGUCCCCUUAAAAUUCUGUCACUAAAAGUAUUGCUUAAAUUGGCCAGUACUACCGAGAAGCUUAGAACAAAAUUUCAGGUUAAUUGAGAAUCCUCUCAGCUCCUGCUAAAUUCUCCGUUGUCUUAGGGAUUCAACUAAACUCGUACUCUGCCGGGAAGUAAUCUACGCAGAGCUGUCUGUAUUUAAAGGCACCACAAGGCAAACACGCGUCUGUUGCGGUGGCCGAUGACAAUAUACCCGGCGUGAGGAUUCGAAAGAUCUCUUACCGAGUGCCUGAACUGCACGCGCUGUCUUUAAAUGAGGUCCAUAUAAGCCCCGAGGAGGUCAAAGUUGACAAGCACACGUUAUCGACUGUCCAUCAUCAGACCUGCAGAAUAAUAUGCAUACCCCGUCUUAUGCUCGCGGAGGGCGUCUGUUCAGUCCCUCCAAGCAUCCACAUCCGCAUUCUACCACGUCACGUUACAGUUGAAAAACUCACGCGCAUCCAGCUGCCAUCCUUCCCUUGCUCGUUGACCCCAGCACUAAGUGAUUAUUCCCCCCUCGUGUUCGGCGUGCCCAGAAAUCCUUUAUCCCUAUUUCUCAUCCCAGCUAUUGCUGGCUUGUUCUGGUAGAGGUCAACGUUUUUUUUCGCGAUCUACUACUCGCAAAGAUUUUGUCGUCUAUGCCAGUGAGACUGUCAUUUGGCUACUAACAAAAGCGAAAACUUCUAUCGUCCAUGUUUGCAUCUAUCCCCUGGCAUUCAUAGCUGCGGCCAUACUAUUUUAAACAACUAUAACUUUACUACUCUAAGCUUGCAGUAGCACUUUUAUUGACAACAACACUUUGACAUCUUGUUCCGCAUGGGUCGCAUCACCUUUUGCGGGUGAACGUGCCCCACUCGUAAUUUGUUUUUUUCACCACCCUUGGACGACUGGGACGGGGCCUACUCUGUGGUCGACUCGCCCCAAUUGAGCAAUGGUCGACUAGUUGAGCUAACCGACUGUUAGCGUUCACACAAAGCUGGCUUGGCCACGUGAAGUCUCAGGCUUGCCCACUCGCUCACAUCUAGCCUCGUUUGUGAAAGCACGGGUUUACAGGCCUCUUUGGACAUGCGACGUGCGCACAAGACUGUUGCCAGGUCACCAUACAAAAUAGACCUACUGGCGCUUCCCUUCUCUUAGGUAGGAGCUGUUUUUUCCCUCCUGCUCACCAUCUUUGCUUUUAUUGCCCCCAAUGCUCGCCUUAUCUACCCGACCGCCAUUUUAGUUCGCUGACGAGCCGUAGGCAUGUCUUCCAUUCCCGGGCGUCUACUGUUGUUCUGUGUUCGAUACUUAGGUCUGGUCAGUCCGUUAUCAUCCCACUCGCGACCAGUUGUUAGUGUCUGCGGGUAGCGACUCCUACGUCUGUCUCUAUGGCUUGCCCAGCUACUCCAGUGACGUCAAACAGUUUCCUCCGUUGUCGACCAACCGGAUCGCUAACCCCUCCUGCUCUGGGUUAGCGGCCAACAUAGACGACUCUGAAGGGGCCUCGGCUACGACCUACAGCUCUACCGUCUCCGAUAAGUAAGUUAUGCUGACUGAAAUUUGCGGGCGACAAACUGUUCAGCUCAGUAAGCCCUGUGUCUUGUUUCUAUGCUUCGCCGAAAUACUGAAUUAUUACUUGCUAAAGCCUAAACUAACGAAUCUUCCAUAAUCAAGACUUCCUACUGGUCAGUAGAUGCAUAGGCGUUUGUGGUCGAUUUUCUGAUUUUGGGAUUUGCCCUCUAACUGCCCUGAUUUGAAAAAUUCCAAAAAUCAGCUAUCAGUGACCUCUUUCCUGGUAGACUUGCAAACAUUCACAAGCGCGCCAACUGCCGCAAUUGAGACGUACAAGUUUCCAUUGCCCCCUGACGAGUAGUUGCGGGUAAUAUCGAUCAGUUUUUCUAAUUAUUUCCCUUGUGACGUGGCGCGCAGCUCGUUUUGAUUCAUCCGACCCACCGAAAAUGCAUUUUUUAUCUCAUCGAUUCGAUGCUUAUCGCUACUGAACCGGAUUCAGUAGAAUUUACAGUGAUUGCAGUCAAGAGGUGAUUCUGAGGCGUUAUAUCACAAAGGGACCUGUUCACUGAAAGGCCUACUUGUGGAACCGCGCCACAAGUAGGAGUUAGACUAGUCGUCUUUGAAGCCCGGCUUGUUUUGAUGUACAAUUUGCUGUCUGCGAGACUCGCUGUCCUCUCCUGUUUUGGGGUGGGAGGAAGUCAUCCGCUCCUGCUUGGCCGCAGUCAGUUUUGCCCGUUUAUUUUUGCCCUAGUCCGGCCAAUUUCCUCUGCUUACACUCGCAGUCGUGUUUUUUAACUUUUAAAUACGUCGAAGCACGGUAGCUGGCCUAUCUCAUGAAAGAUCUGCUUUUGACUGGAUAGGAUUUCUAACGUGGUAUUCUAAUAUUGGCUAUUUUGCUGCAUAGUCCCUAGAUAUUUUAGUCACGCCACGAUGCCGGCUUUGAAUGGGCAGCGUUUCGACCGUCUGCAAAGACUGCGCUCAGUAAAACUUAUCACUCACGUGGCAUGGGUUUUUGCUCACCGAUUUUCGCCGCCAGUAUAAAAUUUAAUGUAUUUUAUGGAAAAAAUGCACUUACUAUCCCAUCUUGUGCUAAUGCGAUAGCAAAUUACGUCAUCUUCGGAUUCUAUACUCCAAGCAGGGACAUCUUUCAGUCAUAAAAGCCUUUUUGAUUUCCCUGUAAUUUUGAAUCCGGACUGCAAUUCCAUGUUGCGCUUUUGGUUUCCAAACUACAUGCUGCGCACUUUCCGUGUAUGGGGAAAUCACACAGCGCUCCAGGUUUGUAAGAAGACGUCGUAUAGGGCUUAUAAAAUUUUGCAAUAGAAGUGGACCGUAAGAAGCAUUGAUGAAUAGGCAGAUAGAAUCUCGCGUGGAUGGACAUUCCGUGGUCCAAUUAUACACUUUCAUAAGCCGAACCUAUCCAUUACUCACGUAUACUAUUUGGAGAAGACGCAAUCCGCUGCAAUACCGUUACGCACUGUUUUCUAUAAAAUACACUUGAAUUUAUAAGAGCAUCGAAAAGCAAUAGGAAAAAUUCAUGCUACAUAAGUAGUUAUUCCUUAUCGGAUGCUGUUUGUGCGGACGGCCUGAAAGAGGCGGAUUGAAAAGCUGGCAUUCUGGCAUGACUGAAGUGUUUCGAAAUUAUGCUACAAGAUGACGAAUAUUGGAAGAUCAUCUAGGUGAUCCUUUCUAGUGGAAAACGCAUUUCAAAACUUCGGCUAAUAUUUCACGAGAUGGACAAACUACCGUACGGUUGGACUAAUCAAUCAGUUCUCUCAUUUCUCUCUACACGCUAUUUCAGCAACACGUCAAAUCAAUACAUUAUUAUACGACAAUGCUAUAACUAUACACGUCAAAACUAUACAGUAUUAUAAUAAUGGCGGUAUUAUUAUUCUUAUUAAUAUGGCAGGCUGCAUGACGGUCUGCUGGCCAAGGUGGACCAACACGAGGAGUGUGUGUAUGCUGUCGACUGGAGCCCAGUGGACACUUGGGUGUUUGCCUCGGUCAAUUACGACGGCACUCUCUUAGUCAAUCGUGUACCCGACUCCAUAAAGUUGGGAAUCCUGUUGCACGAAGAAGAAGAAGAGGAGGAGGAGGAGGAGGAAUAA